AUGCCCCAAGAUUUCAAGGCAGCGUUAGAAGGAGCACAGGAGAUUCACAGCAGGACCAAGGGGAAGUCGGCUAGGUGCACUGGAGCAGGAGGGCUAGCUGCUAACGCCUCAGCACCUCAGAAGCAGCAGCAGGGCGACGGUUCGAGUGCGCAGCAGCCGGUGCACCUAUCACAGGAGAUACAUGACGAGGAGGGCUUCUGUGUGCACUGCCGCGUGCAUGACUACACUCGCAGCUUUGGCCCCAGGUGCAUCCUCAUCUGUUCAUGCUGUUGCGAAGAAUGGCAUGUGAGCUGUGCGGAGGAGGUGCAGGGAGUGAAGAUGCACGCUUCAGUGCUCGACAGCGAUGUGGAAUGGCAUUGCUCCCCCUCCUGCGCUAAGGUGGCGGCGGAGCUGAAGGGCAUGGAGGGCAAGAGAGUGGAGAUCCCGGAUGACACUCCCUUCUCCAUUGAGCUCGCCCGAUACAAUGAGAGCGACCGAGGCUCCCGUCAAUCCAUAGCAGCAGCACUCAAGAUCCUGCAGGCAUCGUUUGACCCUCUAGUCAUGGACGAUGGGUCGGAGCUCAUAGAAAGCAUCACCAAGUCCCUCGAGUCUGACGGAGAUGAGGGCUUUGACUUCAGUAAGUGCCCUUCACUCCUCUAUCCCUUUCCCCCCCUCUCGCUCCCCCUUUCCCCUUCCUUGCCACCUUUUCUCCAUCCGCCUCGCCUCCCCUUCCCAUCCCUCUCCUUCGCUCGCCCUUACUCUCACUACCCACGUGCCACUCUAAGCAACUCUGCCUCGUUUGAGGUGUUUGGAGCAAAGUUUGCUGAAAUGCCAUUUGUGGCAACUCGUGUCGACUAUAGGCGCAACGGCAACUGCCGGCGACUCAUGCGAGUGAGUGGUGGUGCCGAUGCGGUUCUCGGGGGAUGUACACAGCAGUUGUGGGGGAAAGUGGGGGGAAGUGGGGAAGGGGGGGGGGAGGAGGUGGCGGUGGGUAAGUCUUGUGGGCUACGAGACGCAUGUGCGUGCAUCUAUGGGGUGAGGGUGGCUUUCAUUCGAUUCUAUUCCCUCCCUCUCUCCCCCUGUUUCCUCCCGCUCUGUCCUUACUCCUUCCGUGCUCCGUGCCUCUCCUCCUCACAGGUGGUGGAGGACAUACUUCGCCUUCUAAGGGUAAGUGAUGAAGGGAAGGAGAAUAACGAGGUGCCAGUGCUAUACAUGCCGUCAGUCAAGAGCGUGGUGCCAGUGCUGUACAUGCCGUCAGUCAAGAGCGUGGUGGGCAUGUGGACUCGCCGCUUUGGCUUCCAGCUGCCGCCCACGGCUGAGCUGCCGAUGAUAGAAAGUGAGUGGCGGGGAGGUGAGAGAGUGAGGGGUGCGGAGGAGAGGGUGAGUUUCCUGUCUACCGUGGACAACAAUAAGAUCAUUUGCCCGGAUCCCGCUAGUUCAACCAUGCUGAAGCGGGUCAUAGAGCCUAUAGGCAAGUCAGCUGCUGCAGGCACACCGUGUGCGUUGCCGCCUGCCGUUCUCCCUCCCAUCCGCACCCGCCGUGCUAUUGCUGCUGCUGCCACCGCCUCUGCCAGUGCUGCUGCCAGCCAAAGCAUGUCUGCUGGUGGGAGUGUGAAUCUUGCUGGCAGCGCUGCUGCUGCUGCCGCCGCCGCCGCUGCUGCUGCUGCUGCUGCUGCUGCUGCUGCCGCAACGUCCGCUGGUGGUUCUGUGGCAGGGAAGCGAAAGAAGAAGGGAAAGUCGCAUGACAGAGGGCUAGGCAAGGGAAAAGCUGCAGCAGAGGUUACAGGCAAUGGGUCUUCCAAACCUGGUCCUGCCAAAGCGCCCUCUGUGAAGUCUGAACCAGCUUCUUGCAUGGAUUCUAUCCUGUUGGCAUCUGGUCCUACAGCAGUGCCCAUUCUAGGACUCAGCACUGGCACUGGCACUGGUGCUGCAGCAGCAGCAGCGAGUGCAGCAGAGGCAGCAGCUGGUGGGAUGAGUGGUUUUGAACAGACUGGGGUAGAUAAGGCUGGUGCAGAUAAGGAUGGGAGGGGUAGUGUAGGAGGUGGUGCUGAUGGGGGGACAGGCGCGCAAAAGGAACAAGAGGAUGGUGCGGCAGCGGCACAGGGGGUGCAUGGCGAUGUGACUGGGGUGAAGCGUGCUGCAAAAGCAGGUAUCCUUGGAGAGGAGGGCCUCAUGCAGAAAGCAGCGCAAGGGAUGGUGCUUGCACCAGUACCAGCAGCGGGUGCAUCAGCAGCAGCAGCACAGCCGCGCUGUGUGGUUGCUCAAGGUCCAUUCACAGAGGUUGUUGUGAAGCAGGAACCUGGGACGGUGCCGGCAGCACCGCAAUUUUCACCAGUACCACUAUUCCCCGCAGCAGGACAGGAGACGGGUGCGCUGGUGCGGCCACAGGUGGUGGUGAAACUGGAGCCUGGUGUGGAAGGGGAUGCAGGGGUGCAGGGGACAGGCGGAGGGGUGGCACGACGAGGAGGUAAAGGUGGUGCCUCCAAGAAGCCACGGCACAACCCUGCUGCUGCUGCUGGUGGUGCUGGUGGCGCUGCCGCUGCUGGUGCUGGUGCUGGUGGUGGCGCUGCUGCUGCUGAUGCCACCGGUGUUGGCGUCACAGCCAGCAAGCAGCGGAAGCGGAAGCGAGCUCAGGGCAAGGGAGCGGCGGGUCUAGGCGCGCCAGGUACACGCGGGGACGAAGAGGAGGAGGAUGAUGAUGUGAGGGUGUUCUCACAAGAGGAGCAGGUGUGGUGGGACGACCGUGUUAGCAGAGUGCUGGACCAGUGGGCUGCUUCGGUGCCUGGAGGUGGGAGUAAGGCAAGUGCAGGGAGAGGGGCCAAGGGGCAGGGUUCUGGGUUCAAGAGGGUGAAAGAGGAACCACAGGAGAGUUCUCAGCAGCAACAGCAACCCGUGCAGCAGCAGCAGCAGCAGCAGCAGCCGUUGCUACCAUUGGUGGAGCAGUAUGCCUUGUUUGGCACUGGCACUAUGUGCAGAGGCACUGCUGCUGGCACUGCUGGCACGUUUGGAACUACUGGAAGUCCUGCGUUUGGACCACCCUUGCAGCCCGCACCAGGCGUGCCUUAUCACAUGCGGAGCGAGCGGGAGAGGCUCACGAGGGAGGUGGAGGAGGCAUUGGUGGGGCAGGUGGCAGGCCUGGUGAGGGCACUGCCUGCAGACACACUGCUGCAGGCACUGCUGGGAAGGCCGACAGGCAUGGGCGGGGAGGAACAUGAAACCGGUGGGAUCAGGAGGCGUCUGGAAGGAGUUUCAGGGGCAGGCUCAACUGCAGAGGCUGCUGCAGCUCUUGCUUCUCUGGCUGCGGGCCUGCCUGUGCAAGCACUGGAAAGACGAGUGGAGCUGGGGAGAACACUGUGCAGCGGAGGUACUGAGGGGAGUGGUAGUGGGGAAGGGAGUGGGAGGGGGAUGGGGAGAAGGGAAACGGAACCACCUGUGAGGGAAGCAGUGGGAACCGGUGGUGGAAGCGUGAAGUUGCUUGCUGCAGGUGGAAACGCGGGAGAUGGGAGGAGGGCAGAAGCAGGGAUGGUGGUGGGAAGGGGAGGGGAAGCGGGAGGAGAUGGUAUCAGCAGCAGGGGGGGGUGCAAGGGUAUCACUGAUGGGGGGGAUGCAGCAGGGUGUGAGGGAGCAGUGGAGGCGGGUAAUGGUGACGAGCUAGCAGCAAGGGGAUCAAACAUGGAAGAUGAGAAGGAGCGGGCAGAUGUGAAAGUUGAGUCAACCCACAAGGCAGAUCUCUCAGCAAAUGGCAGGAAGGAAGGAGGAAUUGUGAAGGAGCAGCAGGUGGGCGGUGAACAGAAAGGUGAUGUGAGGAGCGAGUGCGCUGAACAGCAUGAGGUGCUGGCGGUGAUUGGAGUGGUGAGGUCUGCUGCCUUGAGUCAGACAGUAACGGAAGAGAAGCCUAUGGUUGAGCAGCAGGUGGAGCAACAGAGGGAUGAAGGCAGCGUGCAGAGGCACGCACUCGUGGCGGGGGUGACUGCUGAUGCGUCAGCAACAGCAGUAUUGUCGCCUGCAGUAGCAGCAGCAGCAGUACCAGCAGCAGCAGUACCAGGAGCAGCAGUACCAGCAGCAGCAGCUGCGGUGGCACUGGUUCCAGCAAGGGGGAGGCCGUAUGUGAGGCAGGUGGUUACUGCCAUGGCGUGUGUGGUGGAGGGUGGGAAGGGUGGAGGAGAGCGAAGCGUGGUGGCAGCAGCAGCAGCAGCAGCAGGGAGAGGAGAGAGUUGGACCAGGUCGGCGAUAGGAGGAAGGGAUGAGCGUGGGGGUGAAACAGCAAAGGCUGGUGGGGAGAGUGGGAGGUGUGAGGGAGGUGAGAUGAGUGCGGCAUGUGAGGGGAUGAAAACCCCUCUCCUUCCCCCGCCGCACCUUCCUUUUCCCAAUUUCAACUCCCUUCCUCCCGACGUGCGCUCUCUCCUCUUUCAAUGCCUCGUGCCUUCGCGUGCUGCUGAUGCUGCUCAUGGGAAUGUGCCUCUGCGCUUUCCCCCUGCAGCAGCAACCACAGCACCCCUGUCAGGCGCACCAGUACCAGCACAGGCACAAGCACGGGCACAGGCAGCAGCAGCAGUGCAAGCAGCACCGCUCUCAGGAGCGACGCAAGCAGCACCGCUCUCAGGAGCGACGCAAGCAGCACCGCUCUCAGGAGCGACGCAAGCAGCACCGCUCUCAGGAGCGAUGCAAGUAGCAGCCCAAGGCGCAUUGCCACCACCAAGGACAGCAGCAGCGUCUGGCAUGCUAGCCAUGCCAUCACCACACAUGCCACCACCAUCCGUGCAACCACCAGCUACACUGUCCCAAGCCAUCAAAUCCUUAACUCGCGCUCUCCCACCCGCUUCCCUCAUACCCUCCCAAGCUCCUCUCAGCCUACCCAUGCACAUGUCCUGGCCGCUACUCCCAUCCAUGCCUGGGAACACAGGUUCUACCCAUCCUCCCAUCACCCUCCCAUACCUUCCCUUGUGCAACCCCCUCUCUGGGUUCAGCUUGCCUCCCGGUUGGAACAGGGCGGGAGAAGAGAGGAAGGUAGGAUUGGGAGGGGAGAGGAAGGUGGGAGUGGUAGGGGAGAGGAGUGUAGUGGCAACGGUAGCAGCGACAACGGGGGUUGUGGCUGCUGCAGCUGCGGUGGCAGCAGCUGGUGACACCAGAGCAGCAUCAGGAGCAAGGGAGCAGCAGCAGCAGCAGCAGCAGCAGCAGCAGCAGCAGCAGCAGCAGUCCUCCCUGCCGUAUGCUCGACAGGAGGAGCAGAAUAAUCAUGGCUGUGAGAGGCUCACUGGUGGUAAGGGCGGUGGGACAAGGAGCGAAGGUGGUUGUGCGGAGGCUGCUGAGAGUGAUGGUCCUGGUGAUGAUCCCCAUGGUAGUGCAAAUGCUGAUGGUAUAGCAUGUGGUGGUGGUGGUAUGGGCCAUAGGGAUGGUUGCGACACCCAUGGUGGUGGUGGUGGGGAUGGUAAAACUGAAGCUGAGGGUGAGCAGAGCAAGGGUGCACUGGCAGUUGAGGAGAGCAAGGGUGCAUUGGGUGGUGUGGGGACCAAGGCAGGGAAGGCGGUGGCGCGUGCGGCAGCUGCCUGUGCAACCCCUGCUGCUCCCCGUACCAAGGACUGCUUUGCCUCGCCUCUUGCUGCCAAACCAAGGGGGCCUAAAGAUGCUUUGGGCGUCGCAUUGGUGGGCGAGUCCCCUCCUGACAUGACCAACGAGUGGCCGUCAGUCCACAGAAUCACGGGGUUCUAUCUGGAGGAGUGA